UCUCGUCGCAGUGUUUAUUCCUGACAUGCGUGUCUACAUUCAAAUCCAUCACGCGACUGAACGAACUUACAAACUGAGACUUCCACAUGAUUCAGAUGCGCGCGCCGCGCUGCGUUAAUUAAAGACAGGGACACUGUAGUGAUGCCAACGUGCAGAGAGCGUCUGUGUUCAUGCCAACGUGUGUGGGGAAGUUUGAUUGCGGAUUGCUGGUGGAUUCGAGCUUGAAACCCGACCUGCUCCGUUUGACACCGCGGAUGUGUCAAUGUUGAUUCUUGUGCUGUGUAUCGAUGUGAAGACAAACGCGAUGCAUUUCUAUCGAAUAUGCCACCGGGAUGUGUUGAAAUAAAUGACAUUAGUUUAAGGGGAAGCGUUUAUUCUGAAUGCAACUCACGCAGUAUGACUGAAGGAGACGGACAAUGAAGUGACGAUACUGCAACUACGGACUUAUUUCAGUAAUCAUCCCGAGGACUUCGGUGCGAUAAUCGCUUAUAAUUCGCGGUAAUCCGCAACGGUUCAUAUUUUUAUCGGUACUGUGGAAAAUUGUUGUUUUCUUUAAACUCCACUUAGGAGCACACAAAAAUAUUCAGUUUUCUCUUUUCUUUUGUUUUCUUUUUGUUGCAAAAUGUGCUUCGGGUGGUUACAUUUAAUAUAACCGGUUUUAUCGAAGGCAAAAUAUGAUUUAAUUUGACCCAAUCAAUCUGAUUAUACCAGCAAAAGUCAUUUUAAGUGUCAAAGCAAGUAUUAGUCCUAGUGCUAAAAGUAACAACGUUUUCACUUUACUGGAACAUUGAGUGGAUGCUGGAAGACCAUUGUGAAGAUGUUGCGUCUUGACUUUUGUAACUGCACCUGAUAUUUGUUUUGGAGGGAUAUUUGAAACCAUUUUCUAGUGUUUUUACCAACAGCUCAUGAAAACCAGUUGACCAUCCCAACGCUCCUGACCAAGGGCAAAGUUCUUCUCUCCACACAAAAUCUCAGCAUCUGAUUGAUUUAAACAUUCUGGGAGGAAACCCUCAAGAGCCAUGGAUCUUAAGACUGAAUCUGAUGACAACCUGGAUUGUCAGCAGCCGGUGCCCAUUGAGGUUUUCGCCAGCAGGUCCACGCUGCACGGCAUCUCGCACAUGUUCAGUUAUGAACGGCAGUGCAUUAAACGAUGCAUCUGGAUCAUAUUUUUCCUGGGGUCGUUUUCGUUCCUAGUGCUGGUGUGCGUGGACCGCAUCACAUUUUAUUUCCAGUAUCCUCAUGUUACUAAACUGGACGAGGUCACGGCACCAAUGAUGACGUUUCCCGCCAUUACAUUCUGCAACCUGAACGCUUUCCGCUUCGGCCGCGUCACGCGCAACGACCUGUACCACGCGGGCGAGCUGCUCGCGUUGUUAAACGGCAGGUAUGAAAUCCGGGACACACACCUGGUGGAAGAGAGCGUUCUGAUGACGCUGAAGGAUAAGGCGGACUUCUCCAACUUCAAGCCCCGCCCCUUCAACAUGCGCGAGUUCUACGACCGAUCGGGUCACGACAUUAAAGAAAUGCUGCUGUCGUGCUACUACAGAGGAGCCGAAUGCAGCGCGGAAGACUUCAGUGUGAUUUUCACCCGCUAUGGAAAAUGCUACACUUUCAACUCGGGUCAGGACGGACGGCCGCUGAUGAUCACGAUGAAGGGAGGGAUGGGCAACGGCUUGGAAUUAAUGCUGGAUAUCCAACAGGAUGAGUACCUGCCCGUGUGGGGAGAGACCGAUGAGACGUCAUUCGAGGCGGGAAUCAAAGUUCAGAUCCACACACAAGACGAGCCGCCGUUCAUCGAUCAGCUGGGAUUUGGAGUGGCUCCAGGUUUCCAAACCUUUGUGUCCUGUCAGGAACAGCGGUUAACGUAUCUUCCUCCGCCGUGGGGUGAUUGCAAGUCUACACCCAUGGACUCUGAUUUCUUCAGCUCAUACAGUAUCACGGCCUGCCGCAUCGACUGCGAGACGCGCUAUCUGGUGGAAAACUGCAACUGUCGCAUGGUGCACAUGCCUGGUGACGCUCCGUACUGCACUCCGGAGCAGUAUAAGGAAUGUGCAGAUCCAGCUCUUGAUUUUCUGGUGGAGAGAGACAAUGACUACUGCGUGUGCGAGACGCCCUGCAACACGACGCGUUAUGGCAAAGAGCUGUCCUUCGUCAAGAUCCCCAGCAAAGCCUCAGCCAAAUACCUGGCUAAGAAGUUCAACAAGACGGAGCAGUACAUCGCAGAUAACAUUCUGGUCCUGGACAUCUUCUUUGAAGCGCUGAACUACGAGACCAUCGAGCAGAAGAAAGCGUACGAGUUAGCCGGACUUCUCGGUGAUAUUGGCGGGCAGAUGGGGCUGUUCAUUGGCGCCAGUAUCUUAACAAUCCUGGAGCUCUUCGACUAUCUCUAUGAGGUGAUCAAGUACAAACUGUGUCGCUGUGCUAAGAAGAAACAUCAGCGGAGCAACAAAAAUGACCGAGGAGCUGUUCUCAGUCUGAACGAUGUGAAUCGUCACGUUAGCUCCCUGUGACAACCUUCGAACCCCGUCUAACUACCCAGCUAACAUGCUACCUCACCAUCCCGGCCAGGGCAACUUUGAAGACUUUACCUGCUGAAGAUCGGCCAGCCUGCCAGAACAUGACCAAAGCUGACCACAUUAUAACCCCGAACAUUACAAAACCCCUCCAACAGGAGAAACCACCAGACACUGGAAGAACAACAUGGCUUUUGACGCUUUCCUGAACAUUUCAAGGAAAUACUGCCUCAAAAACUAAAUUCCUAAAAAGCCUCGCCAGUUUGGAUUACACGCAACGUGACUCGGACAUCGCGCAGCCUCUCGCGGCUGGACCCUGAUGCCUUUUGUGUACAUAGCGACAAAACUGUCUUCAUACGAGUGGCUUAUGUAGGUCUGUAGAUAAAUAUAGCGUGUAUUCACUGUAUGUAGCCUUAUUAGUCUCCUGAAUUCCGAUUGGACCAAUCCAGCCUCUGUGUAUUUCAUGAGAUUGUAAUUUUGUGCGUCUUCGGGGAAGUAUGGCAUUGCGUUUAGCUGUAUGAUCGUGCCAUGUGCAUUCCAUCUUGUAAAUGCAUGCUGGUCCUUUGCAUGUUUUUAGUUUCAUUUAGACUUCAUCAUUAUUAUCGCCAAGUUUGCCUCAAUUGUGUACAGGUGUUGGACGAUGGCAAAGCCCCGUUUUUGUGUGUGCGUGCGCAGGUUUUGCUGUCCUUGAAGGAAUUCCUGAAAAUGUCCCAACGAGAAUAGUGAAAAGGCGAAGAAAAAAAGCAUGUGGAUUUCCAUCCACAAAAAUGGUAAAAUUGGAAAAACGGCUCACAAGAUAUUAAAUAAUGUCUUCAUUUACAUCUAAAAAUGCCAAAAGAUGUGUUUUAGAGUCGGGUCUUUAGUAAUUAUAAUUAGCCCCCCAAAAGUAUUUGUCGACUUUUUAUCCGCAUUUAAAUGUGUCUGAAUGUCUUUGCAUUAUAUAAUAAAAUAUUAAUGCAAGUGAUGUUUAUUUUCCAAAGAAAGCAGAGUAUGAUCUCUGAAAGGAGGAAUUUAGAAUGUGUGUGUGUGUGUGUGAGUGUGCGUGCGUGAGUGAGUGUGCGUGUGUGUGUGUGUAUAUGUGAGUGUGUGUGAGGGAGUGUGAGUGUGUGUGAGUGAAUGUGUGUGAGUGUGUCAGUGAGUGUGCGUGUGUGUGUGUAUAUAUGUGAGUGUGAGUGAGGGAGUGUGAGUGUGUGUGAGUGAAUGUGUGUGAGUGUGUCAGUGAGUGUGUGUGUGAGUGAAUGUAUGUGAGUGUGUCAGUGAGUGUGUCAGUGAGUGUGUGUGUGAGUGACUGUGUGUGAGUGUGUCAGUGAGUGUGUCAGUGAGUGUGUGUGUGUGUAUGUGUGUGCGCGUGUGUGUGCUAGUGUAUGUGUGUGUGUGUGUGUGAGUAAAUGUAUGUGAGUGUGUCAGUGAGUGUGUGUGUGAGUGUGAGUGAAUGUAUGUGAGUGUGUCAGUGAGUGUAUGUGUGAGCGUGAGUGACUGUGUGUGAGUGUGUCAGUGAGUGUGUCAGUGAGUGUGUGUGUGUGUAUGUGUGUGCGCGUGUGUGUGCUAGUGUAUGUGUGUGUGUGCGUGAGUGAAUGUGUGUGAGUGACGUGUGUGUGUGUGUGCGUAUGAGUGUGUGUGUGUGCGUGUGUGUGCAUGAGUGAAGGUGUGUGAGUGUGUGUGCGUGAGUGUGAGUGACUGUGUGAGUGAGUGUGUGUGUCAGUGAGUGUGCGUGUGUGAGUGAUAUGUGUGUGUGUAUUAUACUUCACAUUGUAUUCUGUUCAUGAACUGUGUGUUAAACAACUUAAUUUUAUUUGAAUUGUGUAAUUGCUGAAAUGUAUUUUUUGAUGUUGCAAACAUCAUAUCAAAGCACAAACGAGACCACUGAUAUGUAAAGGUGACAUUAAAGAAUGAUAAAUAUAGUAUCAGUGUGAUAAUCAUGAUAGUCAGCAGAUUCAUUAUCCUGUUCAUCUUUUUAUUAUUAUUACAAAUGUAGUUCAGUCGGCAUAUUUGCAGAUAAUGGGCUGUUCAUGAAGGUAUA